CUGCCGCGGAGACUCGGGUCCUGGUGGUGGGAGGGCACGCUGUGCCAGGCAGUGGGUUUACAAGGCCGAGGCGUCGCAAAUAUGGGGGUGUCUGGAGCUCCUGCGUGAAGGUGUUUUGUGUCUGACCUUCCCGAUCUCAUUCUGUUGGAAGUGAAGACCGUGCCUUCCCCGACGUGUGUCUUACGGGCAGUGCCGCCUCUUUCCUGGACGGUGAAAGGUGGUUGCGGACUAGCACGGAGGCGUGAGUGCUCACUGCAGCCGCCGGGUACCCGAGGAGGCAGACGCCGCGUUUUUCUGGCCUCCCAGGCAGGAGUCUCUCCUACCUGGAAGGGCUCUGUUUGCCUGGGUACCGAGGAGGCCAGCUUCGGGGACUUUGGCUUCCAACACUGUUAACGCUGUUUCUCCCUGACCGGAAUCUGUCCUUUCUUUUCUUUGAAAAGGAUGGUCUCAGCAUCAACUCAGACCAUGUGGACCGCGGAUGAAAUUGCACUGUUGUGUUAUGAGCACUAUGGAACCCGGCUACCUAAGCAGGGGAAGCCUGAGCCCAACCGAGAGUGGACAUUACUAGCAGCAGUGGUAAAGAUCCAACCUACAGCUGACCAGGCCUGUGACUACCCUGACAAACAGGUGCAAGUGACAAAGGAAGUCGUCGCUAUGGGUACAGGAACGAAAUGCAUAGGCCAGUCCAAAAUGAGGAAGAGUGGAGACAUCCUCAAUGAUAGCCAUGCUGAGGUCAUAGCCAGAAGGAGUUUCCAAAGGUACCUUCUCCAUCAGCUCCACUUGGCAGCCGCUCUGAAAAAGAAGAGCAUCUUUGUCCCUGGAACUCAGAGAGGGCUGUGGAAACUCAAACCUGAUCUCUCCUUUGUGUUUUUCUCCAGCCAUACACCUUGUGGGGAUGCCUCCAUCAUCCCAAUGCUUGAGUGUGAAGAUCAGCCUUGCUGCCCAGUCAGCAGAGAUUGGGCCAGUACCCCAGCAGCAGAAGUUGGUGGUGACCUGGAAACUCCUGGAGAUAAAAGGAAAUGUGAAGAUCAAGACAGUUGCAUGAACAAAAAGAUGAGGCCUGAGCCUGGGACUCCUGCCAGGGAAGCCACCAAUGGGGCUCGCCAUCAGGACAGUGACCCUGCCCUGCCGAGUGUCAGCGGCUCUGCUGUGCUCACCGCAGAGAGACUGGCUGCCUCUGGUAGUGCUGCCUCUGGUAGUGCCAAAGUGGUGGAUGUCUAUAGAACUGGAGCCAAGUGUGUGCCCGGAGAAGCAGGAGACUCAGGGCAGCCUGGUGCUUCAUAUCACCGGGUGGGGCUGCUCCGAGUGAAGCCAGGCCGGGGAGACAGGACCUGCUCCAUGUCCUGCAGUGACAAGUUGGCACGGUGGAACGUUCUUGGAUGCCAGGGGGCACUGCUGAUGCACUUCCUAGAAGAGCCCAUCUACCUGUCAGCUGUGGUGAUCGGGAAGUGCCCAUAUAGCCAGGAAGCCAUGCAGAGAGCACUGAUCAGGAGGUGUCAGAAUGUCUUGGAUUUACCCAAAGGUUUUGGAGUUCAAGAAGUGAAAAUACAGCAGUCAGAUUUACUAUUUGAACAAAGCCGCCGCGCAGUGCAGGCGAAAAGGACUGACAGCGAAUGCCGACUGGUUCCUUGUGGGGCAGCCAUCAGCUGGUGUGCAGUUCCUGAACAGCCACUAGAUGUCACUGCCAACGGCUUUCCACAAGGAACAACAAAGAAAGGAAUUGGAAGCCUCCAGGCCAGAUCUCGAAUCAGCAAAGUGGAAUUAUUCCAGUCAUUCCAGAGUCUGCUAAGAAGUGUUUCGGAGGACCGGUGGCCAGAUUCCCUCAGGGUGCAGCAGCCCGAGACCUACCAGGAGUACAAGGAGGCUGCAUCCACGUACCAGGAUGCCUGGAGCACGCUCCGGAAUCAGGCCUUUGGAUCCUGGAUCAGAAACCCACCGGACUAUCACCAGUUCAAAUGAGAAGGGAACAUCUGCAGGCCUUCCUGGCAGUAGGCAGGUUUCCAGUGGUUCAUACUGGACAGUCAUCUGUGUUGAAGAGGGCUUAACUUUUCUUGUGACUGAAUAAGGGGGGAAAAAACUUGUUAUCUACCAGACAGCAUAACUGUUUUUGUGGAAGAUGAUGGGAUCCAGGACACGGAACAAUCUAACUAAUGGAAGAGCUCUUAGCGACAAUGGCAUCUUGCUCAUGACCUUGGUAUCUACCCUAACUUGUGUUGUAUUGCUUCUCUAAAAUGUGGAGCAAGAUUUAGAGUGUGAUGUUUCAAAAGUCCUCAGCAGUAGUUCCAUUUUGUGUGACACCCCCCACACUGAUUAUUUAUUGGGGUGAGGUGCAAGUUGGAGAGCUUCAGCUGGCAUCCUGGUUUUAUCUGCCCAGCCUUUCUUCCCUGCUCUGUGCAGAGGACUUAGUUAAGGUGAACCUUCCUCCUGGCCAGCCCUGGACUGUGUGGAACUAAUGCCAAGACCAGCAGGAAAUAUUCUCUCUCCCCUGAAUCCAGAGCCGAAGGGCCACUUAAACCUGGGACUGGCUGUUGCUGUACUAGCUUGACAGUGAAGGCAGCAAGAAGGUGACCUUGUUUGGGUGCUGAUAGCUGGACUUCAAAUAUAGAAGAUAAAUUCUGUUGUGGUCUUGAGUGACCCUAUUUGAGCCCUUCUCUGUGUCUUUCAGCUGCAAGAAUUCUGUCUAAAAGGCCAAGACUCCCUGUGGCAAGUCAGCCAUGCUGUCUUAACUAACAUCCACCAUUCAACUCUUAGCCUCUUCACCCUGGUAUUAUUGCCUGAAAAUGGGAACUCUUCACAUUGGGGGAUUAGUCAGUGUCCUAGUCAGUUCUUGAGCAUUUUUUUUAAAAGAUUGAUUUAUUUAUGCAUACAAAGCUGGGGUACAGGCCAC